GCACGACAAAUCGAAGUUCUAUAUUUCUAGUCAAUAAAUUAUCACUGAUUUUCAAUCUAUAGACUGUUUACCACGUUGUCAGUAGAAGGAAAAAUGAGAUACAAUUUGAUCUUGCAACUGCUAGGACUGCAGUUGGUUGUCAACAUGGCUGCAUCAAAGUGUGCACAUCAGAUAUUCUGCCCCCCACAUACAAAACACGUGAUGUGCGCCUUCACAAAGAAAUUCAAUAAGAGAUGCGGAGCUGGAAAAUUCGAAUUGAUUCCCAUUGACGGCGAUCUGAAGGAUAACUUAUUGACGCACGUGAAUAUGAUGCGCAGCUUGGUGGCCAGUGGGCUAUAUGAUUUUCCACCGGCAGCUAGAAUGGCGACCCUCAUGUGGGACGAGUCUCUGGCCUCAUCAUCCAGAACGCUGGCAUAUCACUGCGAUAGUCGUGGCAAAUACUGCUCCAAUACGAUGGAAUUUAAUUUUGUGAGCACUGUGGAAAUAUCGCUCAGGAUGCAUCCGACUUCAACCGUUAAAUUAAUUUUCGACGACCUAGUGAACAUAUGGCUUAGGGAUGUGUUAGGUUGUAGAAUGAAUGAGCAAAGUAAAUUAGUGCCAAGUGUGCCGGGGACCAACACCUGCCUGGGUCACCAUACGGCUCUGCUCGAAGAUUAUGCCACUAGAAUUGGCUGUGCGUUACGCGCGUCGAGGAAUGCAAAGAAAUUGUUCAUCUCAGCGGCUCUGGUUUGCAAUUUGAAUCGGGCCAAUGUUAAUGAGUUAACACCUUAUCAAAUAAGUCUAAUACCAGCGUCUGGCUGCCAAAAGGGAAGGAAUUAUAUACAUGAAUUUUUGUGCAAGCCCGACGAGGAAGUCGAUAAUAAUUAUGUACCGUCCCAAACUGAGGCUGAGUUUCGAAAUCUUAUGAUGUUGCAAUCAGCGAAUUACGCUCGUCAAAUAGAAAGUAUCUAUCCAACGAUAAAUAAUAUAACGAAAAUACUUUAAUAAAAAAGAAAAUAUUUUGCAACCAAGA